GUUUUUGUGUGUUUAUUUUGCUUAUUUUGCACAGGAAUGGUCGAGAUAAAUGCCCCACCGACAACAGUGUGCUACCUUUCUACACCAGAAAUGAACUGCACAUUUGAGGAGGCCACAGGGAGUGCUGGCUGGAACAUGACCAGACACAAUGAACGCUUCGAGCUCAAUACUGGCACUGUGGUUCAAUUACACACUAGCUGUGCAACAGAGAUUUACAAAUCUUGUGUUAAAGUUACGCUCCAAAAAGUGACCGGGAUCUGGGAAGGCAUAUAUGAGUGUGGAUUUAUUGAAGGGUCGGUCAGGCAUACAGCCAAAACUAAGCUGAAUGUGGCACUCCUACCUGAUGAGAUCACCAUGGAAAUAAACCCCCUCACCGUGGUAUGCCCAAACCACUCCGUGACCGUUUCUACCACCAUCCGACAAACACCAGAGGCAUAUGCAGUCAAGUGCAUGAACUGUCUUGUGUACACUUUAAAAAACAAAACUGAUUCCCAAUUUUGCGAGUCAGGAGAGGUAAAUGGUGUGUCGUGGCCAAAAACCCCAGUGGGAGAGACAGUGGUUAUUCGGAAAUGUCCAGAGGGCAAGACUGGCUAUUUAUCACGUACUUGUGAUACUGCUGCUAAAUGGCAGAACGUGUUCUCCUCCUGUGUCAGCAUAGAGCUGACUAAAGUCCUGGAUUCAGCUGAGAACUUCAUCAAGGGACUAGGGGCUACCCAGGAGGUGGCCCUGAAUAUAUUUGAAGGACUCAAGAACACCUCUGAAUCGAACUCUACUGACGAUGCAGAUUCAGCCGAUGUCAGCGCUUCCAUCAAUGUUCUGAAUGUAAUGUCUGAGGCAUCAGCAACGAUACAGUUGUCAGAGAGUGUCUUUCCUAACUUAGUGAGUGCUGCAAGCAACAUGUUGAACUCCAAUUGGACCGAUGUAAAUGAAACAAUUCGUCAUAGUAUGUCUUCAAAAUACCUCGUGUCUAUGGAGAAUCUGGUGAAGAAUGUCAUGGUCGACAACAGCACUGGAUUUAACAGUACAAACCUAGACCUCAGUUUCUGCUCAAGUAGCUCCUGCAAUGUAUCAGUGUUUGACAUUGAUGUGAGUCUGCAAAAUACUACCGGAUUGGUGAAAACCGUGGCUGUGAGAAAUCUAAUGGAGAAAUUAAGGAACAACUUCCAAAAUACUGACCCUAACCGCCUCUUAUUAUCAGCCACAAUGCAGAACAGCAGUAAUUCGUCCAUACAAAUUAAACUGAACUUUCCCAAUGACCGGUUAAUCACCACAGAUGCACGCUGUGUCUUCUGGAACACCACGUCAAAUGAGUGGUCGGAUGCAGGAUGUACAGCCAACCAGACUGAUGUGAACUACACACUGUGUGAAUGCAACCACCUGACUUCCUUCUCUGUCCUCAUGUCCAGGAGCAACAUACCUUCUCCCGAACUGGACAUCAUUACCUACGUAGGCCUUGGGGUGUCCAUUUGCUCCUUGUUGAUCUUUCUCAUCAUUGAGUUCAUAGUGUGGUCAGCUGUGGUCAAGACCAAUCUUUCGCAUUUCCGUCACACAGCUUUGGUGAACAUUGCCACUUUCCUUUUGCUUGCCGAUGGCUGUUUCUUGGCUUCCGCCUCCGGUGAGGAACUCAGUGAAAACCUAUGCCUAGCUUUCACUGUAGGCAAACACCUGUUUUUCUUAGCCAAGUUCUGUUGGAUGCUGUGUCUGAGCGUCAUGCUUGUCCACCAGCUCAUCUUUGUCUUCAGUCCACUGAGGAAAAGAGUCUUUAUGUUCCUCUCCAGCAUUGUGGGCUACGUUUGCCCAAUCCUGAUUGUGGGGUCAAGCUAUGUGUAUUGUAAAUACACCGACCAGCCCUACUAUAAUAAGAAAUCAUGUUGGCUGGUUUAUGAAAAACUCUUGGUGGGCUCCAUUCACGCUUUUAUCCUCCCUGUGGGAACAGUAAUUUUGACCAAUCUCUUUUCCAUGGUGGUCGUCAUUGUUACUCUGAUGAAGUCCUCGGUCCCUGACAACAGCAAGGCAGAUGACAAGGAGACAGCCAAAAGCAUAAUUAAAGUGGUGGUCUUCCUAACACCUGUCUUUGGAGUAACAUGGAUUAUUGGCUUCUUUCUGAUUACAAUGAACGACGAGGACCCAAUGAGAGAAAUUGUGAACUACAGUUUCACCAUCCUGAACUCCUUCCAGGGUUUUUUCAUUUUGAUAACGGGGUGUUUUGCGGAGACGAAGGUCAGACAGGAACUGUUCAAGAUCAUAACGGCAAAGUCAAAAGGAAAAAGUGAGAGUACCAAGAAUUUGACUUCCACUAUGUACACCAAAGACAAAUGAGGACAAGGUCAAUUUCACCAACAGACUAUUUUUUAUUUUUUACUUUCUGAUUCCAUUUGAGGCAUCACCUGUGACACAACGUGCCAAUAUAUGUGACAUUUUAGGCAUUUAGGUACAGUUAAUUUAGUGUAAAGGCUGGAGUUUCUUUUUGGGAUGUUUGCUUGAGAUGCAGUUGCAUCAGUGCACAAACACACAGGUUUUCUGUCAUAAAACACACGGCAUCUUGUUUGCAUUGAUCAAAACUGAGCAAAAACCAUCGCACCACAUUUGUUAACCAAACUAGAUGACGGCCUUUUUGGUUCCACAAAUAAAUUAACAAACUAGGUUAACAAAAUAAAACUGUUGGCAGGAAGUCUGUGUUCAUUUGCAUCAUCAAGGAAAGUCGUAAAACUCUAACAGUAGUUCAUAGUCAUGCUGGCAGCUCUGUAGAUUCCCCUAGUUGUGUUCUGCAGUUGUGUUUGCUGCUAACAUCAAUAUGCUGUCAAGUUAAUUUUUAUCAUAUUCACUGGAUUAAUUUUACCCCAUGAUAGCACUUGAUGAAAAGUUUUAUUUUAGGUAGCUAAACCUAUUGUAUAGAAAGCUAUUAGAGACAGUUCAUCUUUAGGAUAGACAUCUAUUUCUGUGACUUUCAGAACACUUUUACAUUCCUAGAUAUAAAUGUUUAAUGAGGUGAAAUCAUGUAUUGUCCAUUACUUACGGCUAGGAUCUAUGGAUGUGCCAUGUAGACAGCCAGAGGCACACAUCACAGCAGUGAUGCUUUCACGAAUGUGACUGUUAAAUGUGUGGAAUAUAUGUUUCUCUGUAACGCACCUAAGAAAACCUUAGGUAAAAUUUCAGAAUUACACUACUGAUUUCAUACAUAUGCUGUAUAAGUUACUGAAUGCAACAAUGUUGAGCUGAAUGUAAAAAUAUAUUGGAUUGCUCAAAAUAUCUCUUAAUGUUUUGCAACACACUGACAGAGACACGCUCCCAGGCUUAGCAUGACUAGAAAUUCUUUAUCACAUCCCAUUUUUUAGCAGUUCAAAUGUUUCCUUCCUAGUCUUUUACUUAAGAAAAUGAGCCUUGUUCUUAGUGUAUUUCACCACUAAUAAGAUGCUGCACGCUUGCGCACUCUUUUGUGAUCAUAAUGCACAUUCUACAGUUUGUCGCAGCAAUAUCGAGCUCCAGUAAGCAUAGUGUCUUUACAGGCUGUGCCAAGUCAAAGGUCAAAUGGUUCUCAAUUAACUUUGAACCCUGUGUAGGGACAAAACGUCUUUUGGUAGUUUGUGAAUGUAGUCCAGGUUUUCAACACAUUUAUUUCUACUUUUCAAACUGUGAAGGUAGAAACAGCGGUUAAUAUGGGCGCAGCUGCGCUUGUAUCCUACAGGAGAGUUUUCAUUGUGUUAUAGGACAGUUUCUAGGCAGCUGCACUGGUAUAGCUGGUUGUCUAUUAGAUAUAAUAAUGUUAACUAUUAGAAUGGAAGUUUUGAUGAUAUUAUGCAUAGCCCCUAUCAUUGUCAUUGUCCACAAAUUAAACUGACAGUACAUUACUAUUAUUUCUUUGGGCGUAGAGAUGCUGCUGGACUGUGUAAUACAGAUAGAGAAAUGUUACUGUAUAGCUUUGCUGAGAGGUUUUAAAUCUGCACUGACGGAAACACAAAAACUGUAUAGGUGAUCAGUGUAAAUGUAAAUGUGCACCAUUUGACAUGUACUAUAUAAUAAGUAUAAUAUAUCUGUAUAAGCACUGCAUGUAUCUCCAAUAUGCAAUAAAAUAAACGUGAGCAA